GCGCCUCGCGGCGGCUGGGGCUCGGAGCCGCGGCCGGCGUUCCGGGUUCGGCGCUGCCUCCCCGGCAGUGCGCCGCGCCCCGCCGCGAUCCGGCCGCGCGCGGUGUCUGCGGCCCGCCUGUGCGCCGCGCGGUGCAGUGUCUGCCGGGGUGGUGUGUCCCAGGGCCGCGAGCGCCUGCCCCCUCCCUCCCCUCCCCCUUGGCCCGCUCUCAGACUCAGAUAAAGCAUUUCCUUCCAUUGUCAUCCUACCCGGCCGGCCGGGCUGCCAGGGCCCUCCCCCUCCCGGCCCCCUCCCUUCCUCUCGCCGUCUCACAGUCGCUCUGCAGCCUCCGGCGACUGGGGGGAUGUGAGGCCGGCGCCCCAGCCCCCCGCCCCGCCAUGAGUCCCCCGCUCUGAGGGCCCCGGCCCCUGGAUGCACAGCCCCGGCGCUGAUGGGACCCAGGUGAGCCCGGGUGCCCACUACUGCAGCCCCACUGGCACAGGCUGCCCCAGGCCCUGUGCAGACACACCAGGCCCUCAGCUGCAGCCCAUGGACCUGCGGGUGGGCCAGCGGCCCCCAGUGGAGCCCCCACCAGAGCCCACAUUGCUGGCCCUGCAGCGUCCCCAGCGCCUGCACCACCACCUCUUCCUAGCAGGCCUGCAGCAGCAGCGCUCGGUGGAGCCCAUGAGGCUCUCCAUGGACACGCCGAUGCCUGAGUUGCAGGUGGGACCCCAGGAACAAGAGCUGCGGCAGCUUCUCCACAAGGACAAGAGCAAGCGAAGUGCUGUAGCCAGCAGUGUGGUCAAACAGAAGCUGGCAGAGGUGAUUCUGAAAAAGCAGCAGGCGGCCCUAGAAAGAACAGUCCACCCCAACAGCCCCGGCAUUCCCUACAGAACUCUGGAGCCCCUGGAGACGGAAGGAGCCACCCGCUCCAUGCUCAGCAGCUUUUUGCCUCCUGUUCCCAGCCUGCCCAGUGACCCCCCAGAGCACUUCCCUCUGCGCAAGACAGUCUCUGAGCCCAACCUGAAGCUGCGCUAUAAGCCCAAGAAGUCCCUGGAGCGGAGGAAGAAUCCACUGCUCCGAAAGGAGAGUGCGCCCCCCAGCCUCCGGCGGCGACCCGCAGAGACCCUCGGAGACUCCUCCCCAGGUAGUAGCAGCACGCCCGCGUCAGGGUGCAGCUCCCCCAAUGACAGCGAGCACGGCCCCAAUCCCAUCCUGGGCUCGGAGGCGCUCUUGGGCCAGCGGCUGCGGCUGCAGGAGACUUCUGUGGCCCCGUUCGCCUUGCCGACAGUGUCCUUGCUGCCCGCAAUCACUCUGGGGCUGCCCGCCCCUGCCAGGGCUGACGGUGACCGCAGGACCCAUCCGACUCUGGGCCCUCGGGGGCCAAUCCUGGGGAGCCCCCACACUUCCCUCUUCCUGCCCCAUGGCCUGGAGCCCGAGGCUGGGGGCACCUUGCCUUCUCGCCUGCAGCCCAUUCUCCUCCUGGACCCCUCAGGCUCUCAUGCCCCGCUGCUGACUGUGCCCGGGCUUGGGCCCUUGCCCUUCCACUUUGCCCAGUCCUUAAUGACCACCGAGCGGCUCUCUGGGUCAGGCCUCCACUGGCCACUGAGCCGGACUCGCUCAGAGCCCCUGCCCCCCAGUGCCACCGCUCCCCCACCGCCGGGCCCCAUGCAGCCCCGCCUGGAGCAGCUCAAAACUCACGUCCAGGUGAUCAAGAGGUCAGCCAAGCCGAGUGAGAAGCCCCGGCUGCGGCAGAUACCCUCGGCUGAAGACCUGGAGACAGAUGGCGGGGGACCGGGCCAGGUGGUAGACGAUGGCCUGGAGCACAGGGAGCUGGGCCAUGGGCAGCCUGAGGCCAGAGGCCCCGCUCCUCUCCAGCAGCACCCUCAGGUGUUGCUCUGGGAACAGCAGCGACUGGCUGGGCGGCUCCCCCGGGGCAGCACCGGGGACACUGUGCUGCUUCCUCUGGCCCAGGGUGGGCACCGGCCUCUGUCCCGGGCACAGUCUUCCCCAGCCGCACCUGCCUCACUGUCAGCCCCAGAGCCUGCCAGCCAGGCCCGAGUCCUCUCCAGCUCAGAGACCCCUGCCAGGACCCUGCCCUUCACCACAGGGCUGAUCUAUGACUCGGUCAUGCUGAAGCACCAGUGCUCCUGCGGUGACAACAGCAGGCACCCGGAGCACGCCGGCCGCAUCCAGAGCAUCUGGUCCCGGCUGCAGGAGCGGGGACUCCGGAGCCAGUGUGAGUGUCUCCGAGGCCGGAAGGCCUCCCUGGAAGAGCUGCAGUCGGUCCACUCUGAGCGGCACGUGCUCCUCUACGGCACCAACCCGCUCAGCCGCCUCAAACUGGACAACGGGAAGCUGGCAGGGCUCCUGGCACAGCGGAUGUUUGUGAUGCUGCCCUGUGGUGGGGUUGGGGUGGACACUGACACCAUCUGGAAUGAGCUGCAUUCCUCCAAUGCAGCCCGCUGGGCCGCUGGCAGUGUCACUGACCUCGCCUUCAAAGUGGCUUCUCGUGAGCUAAAGAAUGGUUUCGCUGUGGUGCGGCCCCCAGGACACCAUGCAGAUCAUUCAACAGCCAUGGGCUUCUGCUUCUUCAACUCAGUGGCCAUCGCCUGCCGGCAGCUGCAGCAGCAGAGCAAGGCCAGCAAGAUCCUCAUUGUAGACUGGGACGUGCACCAUGGCAACGGCACCCAGCAAACCUUCUACCAAGACCCCAGUGUGCUCUACAUCUCCCUGCAUCGCCAUGACGACGGCAACUUCUUCCCGGGGAGUGGGGCUGUGGAUGAGGUAGGGGCUGGCAGCGGUGAGGGCUUCAAUGUCAAUGUGGCUUGGGCUGGAGGUCUGGACCCCCCCAUGGGGGAUCCUGAGUACCUGGCUGCUUUCAGGAUUGUCGUGAUGCCCAUCGCCCGAGAGUUCUCUCCAGACCUAGUCCUGGUGUCUGCUGGAUUUGAUGCUGCUGAGGGUCACCCGGCCCCACUGGGUGGCUACCAUGUUUCUGCCAAAUGUUUUGGGUACAUGACGCAGCAACUGAUGAACCUGGCAGGAGGCGCAGUGGUGCUGGCCUUGGAGGGUGGCCAUGACCUCACAGCCAUCUGUGACGCCUCUGAGGCCUGUGUGGCUGCUCUUCUGGGUAACAAGGUGGAUCCCCUUUCAGAAGAAGGCUGGAAACAGAAACCCAACCUCAAUGCCAUCCGCUCUCUGGAGGCCGUAAUCCGGGUGCACAGUAAAUACUGGGGCUGCAUGCAGCGCCUGGCCUCCUGUCCAGACUCCUGGGUGCCUAGAGUGCCAGGGGCUGACAAAGAAGAAGUGGAGGCAGUGACCGCACUGGCAUCCCUCUCUGUGGGCAUCCUGGCUGAAGAUAGGCCGUCGGAGCAGCUGGUGGAGGAGGAAGAACCUAUGAAUCUCUAAGGCUCUGGAACCAUCUGCCCGCCCACCAUGCCCUUGGGACCUGGUUCUCUUCUAACCCCUGGCAAUAGCCCCCAUUCCUGGCUCUUUAGAGAUCCUGUGGGCAGGUAGUUGGAACCAGAGAACAGCCUGCCUGCCUUGACAGUUAUCCCAGGGAGCCUGAGAAAAUCCCUGGGUCUAGAAUGGGGACUGGAGAGGACCCUGAGAGGAGACGGGCUGGGCGGCGACCCCCACAGGGUUCUCGAGAACAGAUUCUCCCCUCUGGUAUGGGCCCUGGCUGUGGCCCCCAUUCCUCAGGACUGCACAGAGGAGGACUGGCUCCAGCUCCGUCGGGCUCACCCUUAACCACUAUUCCUGGCUCUGCAAACCCCAGACUUUGCACACAGCCCCAGGCUCCACACAGAAAUGUGAACUUGGCCUCAGACAGGCUGGCCCUUCCUAGGCUCUAGGGGCUGGGGGAGAGUGGGGAGCCAAGAGGUCCCAUAUUCCUGAGUGCAGGGGGAGUCCCUCUCACCUGCUUCCUCAGAUGACCCUGGAAGCUUCCCCCUACCACCAGGCACUGAGACGAAGCUCCCAGACAGCCGAGACUGGCAGCCCUCCAUCUGGUCCAUACCCUCGCCAGAGGCCCCCCUACAUCAACCUCCUGGCGAUGCCCUGGUGGAGCAGAUGGGUGCUCUGGGAGUCCUGUGCUUCCUGAUCCAAUGGUGCCAAACCCUUCAUCUCCCCCAGAAGCACAGCAUACCCCUGGGACCCCUCGGCCACUGCCCACUCGGGGGAGCCUUCUCUGUUUCUGGGGCCUCCCCCACCACAGCUCUGAUUCCCACCCCACAUAGGAAUAGCCUGGCUGAGGGGGAAGGGGUGGGAGAGAAGAUACAGACAUGGAGGAGGGGAGGCUGCUCUGGCAAAGUCUUCAAGGCUUUUGGAGGUCCAGGCCUGGGGUCAAGAAGGAAAAUGUGUGUGAGCAUGUGUGUGAAUGAGGCGUGUGUGUGAGCGUGUGUGAGUGAGGCGUGUGUGUGUGUCUUUCCUAGGACCCACCAUACCCUGUGUAUGUAUGCAUGUUUUUGUAAAAAGGAACAAAAUGGAAAAAAAUCUGAACAAUAAAUGUUUUAUUUGCUUUAAAA